GGGCCGCCCCGCCCCACCGGGAGCCGCGCUGGGGGCGGGGCUGGGCGGAGCCCGCGCAGAGUGCUGGCCGCAGCGCCCCCAAGUCCCGGCGCCGGGCCCGCUCGCGGCCGCGUGGGAGCAGUGGGGUUCGACGGCGCGGCCGCCAGGCCGCCAUGGCCGCUCACGGGAAGCUGCGGCGGGAGCGGGGGCUGCAGGCUGAGUAUGAGACGCAAGUCAAAGAGAUGCGCUGGCAGCUGAGCGAGCAGCUGCGCUGCCUGGAGCUGCAGGGCGAGCUGCGGCGGGAGUUGCUGCAGGAACUGGCAGAGUUCAUGCGGCGCCGCGCUGAGGUGGAGCUGGAAUACUCCCGGGGCCUGGAAAAGCUGGCCGAGCGCUUCUCCAGCCGUGGAGGCCGCCUGGGGAGCAGCCGGGAGCACCAAAGCUUCCGGAAGGAGCCGUCCCUCCUGUCGCCGUUGCACUGCUGGGCAGUGCUGCUGCAGCACACGCGGCAGCAGAGCCGGGAGAGCGCGGCCCUGAGCGAGGUGCUGGCCGGGCCCCUGGCCCAGCGCCUGAGUCACAUUGCAGAGGACGUGGGACGCCUGGUCAAGAAGAGCAGGGAUCUGGAGCAGCAGCUGCAGGAUGAGCUCCUGGAGGUGGUCUCAGAGCUCCAGACGGCCAAGAAGACGUACCAGGCAUAUCACAUGGAGAGCGUGAAUGCCGAGGCCAAGCUCCGGGAGGCCGAGCGACAGGAGGAGAAGCGGGCAGGCCGGAGUGUCCCCAACACCACCGCUGGUGCCACUGAGGCAGGGCCCCUCCGCAAGAGCUCCCUCAAGAAGGGAGGGCGGCUGGUGGAGAAGCGGCAGGCCAAGUUCAUGGAGCACAAACUCAAGUGCACAAAGGCGCGCAACGAGUACCUGCUUAGCCUGGCCAGUGUCAACGCCGCUGUCAGUAACUACUACCUGCAUGACGUCUUGGACCUCAUGGACUGCUGUGACACAGGGUUCCACCUGGCCCUGGGGCAGGUGCUCCGGAGCUACAUGGCCGCUGAAAGCCGCACCCAAGCCUCCCAAGUCCAGGGCCUGAGCAGCCUGGAAGAAGCUGUGGAGGCCCUGGAUCCUCCAGGGGACAAGGCCAAGGUUCUCGAGGUGCAUGCUACCGUCUUCUGUCCCCCGCUGCGCUUUGACUACCACCCCCAUGACGGGGAUGAGGUGGCUGAGAUCUGCGUUGAAAUGGAGCUGCGGGACGAGAUUCUGCCCAGAGCCCAGAAUAUCCAGAGCCGCCUGGACCGACAGACCAUUGAGACGGAGGAGGUGAACAAGACUCUGAAGGCGACACUGCAGGCCCUGCUGGAGGUGGUGGCCUCGGAUGACGGGGAUGUGCUUGACUCCUUCCAGACCAGCCCCUCCACCGAGUCCCUCAAGUCCACCAGCUCAGACCCAGGCAGCCGGCAGGCGGGCCGGAGGCGCGGCCAGCAGCAGGAGACGGAAACCUUCUACCUCACGAAGCUCCAGGAGUAUCUGAGUGGACGGAGCAUCCUCGCCAAGCUGCAGGCCAAGCACGAGAAGCUGCAGGAGGCCCUUCAGCGAGGUGACAAGGAGGAGCAGGAGAUGUCUUGGACCCAGUACACGCAGAGAAAAUUCCAGAAGAGCCGCCACCCCCGCCCCAGCUCCCAGUAUAACCAGAGACUCUUUGGGGGAGACAUGGAGAAGUUUAUCCAGAGCUCAGGCCAGCCUGUGCCCCUGGUGGUGGAGAGCUGCAUUCGCUUCAUCAACCUCAACGGCCUGCAGCAUGAAGGCAUCUUCCGGGUAUCGGGUGCCCAGCUCCGGGUCUCAGAGAUCCGUGAUGCCUUCGAGAGAGGGGAGGACCCACUGGUGGAGGGCUGCACUGCCCAUGACCUGGACUCGGUGGCCGGGGUGCUGAAGCUCUACUUCCGGAGCCUGGAGCCCCCACUUUUCCCCCCAGACCUGUUCGGCGAGCUGCUGGCUUCUUCGGAGCUGGAGGCCACGGCGGAGAGGGUGGAGCACGUGAGCCGCCUGCUGUGGCGGCUGCCCGCGCCGGUGCUGGUGGUUCUGCGCUACCUCUUCACCUUCCUCAACCACCUGGCCCAGUACAGUGAUGAGAACAUGAUGGACCCCUACAACCUGGCCGUGUGCUUCGGGCCCACGCUGCUACCGGUGCCCGCUGGGCAGGACCCGGUGGCACUGCAGGGCCGGGUGAACCAGCUGGUGCAGACGCUCAUAGUGCAGCCCGAUCGGGUCUUCCCGCCCCUGACCUCGCUGCCUGGCCCUGUCUACGAGAAGUGCAUGGCACCGCCUUCCGCCAGCUGCCUGGGGGACGCCCAGCUGGAGAUCCUGGGGGCAGACAACGAGCCGGAGCUGGAAGCUGAGAUGCCCGCACAGGAGGAUGACCUGGAGGGGGUCGUGGAGGCUGUGGCCUGCUUUGCCUACACGGGCCGCACAGCCCAGGAGCUGAGCUUCCGGCGGGGGGACGUACUGCGGCUGCACGAGAGGGCCUCGAGCGACUGGUGGCGGGGGGAGCACAAUGGCAUGCGGGGCCUCAUCCCCCACAAGUAUAUCAUGCUGCCCACGGGGACAGAGAAGCAGGUGGUGGGCGCAGGGCCGCAGACUGCAGGGGAGUCUGGGAGCAGUCCCGAGGGCCUCCUGGCAUCAGAGCUGGUCCACCGGCCAGAGCCAUGCACCUCACCCGAGGCCGCGGGACCCUCUGGACACAGACGACGCUGCUUGGUCCCAGCCUCCCCAGAGCAACACGUGGAGGUGGAUAAGGCUGUGGCACAGAACAUGGACUCUGUGUUUAAGGAGCUCUUGGGAAAAACCUCUGUCCGCCAGGGCCUUGGGCCAGCAUCUACCACCUCUCCCAGUCCUCGGCCCCGAAGCCCAAAGGCACCGGCCAGCAGCCGCCUGGGCAGGAACAAAGGCUUCUCCCGGGGCCCUGGGGCCCCAGCCUCACCCUCAGCAUCCCAUCCCCAGGGCCUAGACACAACCCCCAAGCCACACUGAGGUGCUGCUGCUGGAGAUGCAUGCCCCUGGCGGCUACCUGCUGGACUGGCCACUCUCCCCAGCCCCCUUGCUUCUCUCCAGCCCUGUCCAGCAAGUGCAGGGUGCCUGCACUUCACCCUGUGCAGAGAGGUGGGAUGGGGCCGCGCAUACACGGAUGCCCGCUCCACAUCCUGCCUGCCCCUCAGCCCUGGCCCAGGCCCCUUUUGGAGGCAGCUGAGGAAGGAUGCUGGGGAAAGCCCUCUUCUGCAGCUUUGUGGAAGGCUGAUCAGUGGCUGCUGGGUGGUGGGUGCCCUUGCUCAGAUGCCUGGCAGGGCUGGGUGGUGAUUCAUAAAGACCUCGUGUUGAUUCCCCAA